AUGUUCACAUUGAAAUCUCAUGGCGAUUUUGAUCUAAAAAAACAAAUGAAACUUCCAAUCGAUUUAUCAUCAUCAUCAUCACCAAUCAAAUUACCACCACCACCACCCCCGCCAACAACAACAAAAUCAUCAUCAUCAUCAUCAAUGUUUGUUAUUAAAAAUUAUUUUCUAUCAGCAAUUUGGUGUUGGUUAAAACAAUUUCGUGCAAUCGGUAUAUUUUUCGCUUUAUGUUCAGUACUAUUUUGGUCAUUCAAUGGUUUAUCAUAUAAAUUAAAUCCACAUUUACAUGCAUUAGAGAUAUUGAUGAUUAGUUCAUUAUUUGUAUCGAUUACAUAUCUGGGAUUUAUGUUUACAUUUUAUGGUGUACGUUAUCGAUCAAAACAAAUUAUCAAUAAUAAUAAUAAUGGUAAUGGUAAAAUCAAUUGGAAAAAUAAACAAAUCGAACCAUUCGAUUGGUCAUUAUUGUUUGGUGUACCUGGUGAACGAAUCAGUUUGAUUAUGAGAUGUCUUUGUGGUACAAUUUCAUUGGCCUGUUUUUAUUCAUCAUAUCGUUAUAUACCGCUUGGUGAUGCUACAACAAUUCGUUUUACUUCACCAGUUUUCAUUGCAAUAUUUGCACAUUUUAUCGUUAAUGAACCAUUCGGUUUAUUACAGAUUGUCAAUGCAUUAACAACAUUAAUCGGUGUCAUUUUGAUUGGUCGUCCUAGCUUUAUAUUUGGAGUUAAAACAUUAUCAUCAUCAUCAUCAUCAUUAAAUGAACGAACCGAAUUAACAUUCGAAUUAAACGAUACAAUACCUAUUUGGCCAAUAGAAAAAAGAGCUGCUACUUAUUAUGAUUUACAAGAUUCAAAUCGAUCCGAAAAUUUUGAUCAUUUAAAUGUGAUUAAUAGUUUAUUCACUACAGAUUCAUUAAUAUUACCAGAAUCGAAUGAUAAUGUAGCAACAACAACAACAAUGUCAACAACACAAUCAUUAUCAAAUCAAUUAUUGAUCGAUGAUUGGUCAUCAACAUUAUUUGGUGUAUUUUUAUCAUUAAUUGCUGCCAUAUCGAUCUCAAUAUCAAUGAUUUUUAUGAGAAAAAUACGUAAAACACCACCACCAUUAGUUAUAUUUUGGUUUUCAUUAUCGAAUGUGAUAUUAGGUGCUGUUGGUCUUUGGAUAAUCGAUGAAUAUCGUUUACCAAUUGGUUUUGAAUGUUGGCUAUUAAUAAUAAUGACAACAUUUUGUACUGGUUUAGAUCAAUUUUUUAUUACAUUAGCGUUGAAAAUGGAAAAUGCAGGUGCCGUUGCCGUUAUACAAGCAUUAUGUGUUGUAUUAAGUUUUAUAUUUUCAAUAUUAAUUCUUCAUGAACCAUUAUAUUGGACAUCAGCAUUAGGUGGUUCAUUCAUAUUUUUUUCGGUUUUAGUUCUUGGUUGUUCUAAAUUACUGCAAGAAAUGAAUUAUUCCGGUAUUAAAUCAACAAUAUUUGCUAUCAAUAUAUUACAUUCAAAUUCGAAAAAAUUUUAUCUUGAUGAUAAAUAUCGAUCAUUAUCAACCCGGACAACAUUAUCAUCAUCAUUAUCAUCACAACGAUCAUCAACAUUAUCAUCAUCAAAUAGUUUUGAUGAUAAUAGUAAUCUAACAACAAAUCCAUAUCAUUGCUCAUCAAUAUCAUCAUUUCGUCGUCAUUCACAACAAUCAUUACAUUAUAAUCACCAUCAUCAAUCAUAUAAUGAACCAUAUUUAUUAAGAGUUGCACCAAUUCUUACGGAAAAACCAUGUGGUAUCUGUAAUGAUGAUGAUAAUAAUAUAUAAUCUGAUCAAUCGAUCGAUCGAUCGAUUGAUUCAUUCCAUCAAGAACCUUCGAAAAAGAAACUGUCUGAUGAUCUCCAUGAUUGUAAAGAUACUUUGAAUCUAACAGAAUUUUGAUUAUCGGAAUUUCUUUCUUUCUUU